GUGGCAGCAGCCCCAGCAGCAGCAGAAGCAGCGGAAUCAACAUUUUAGCAAAAAAGUUGACGCCAUAGCCCAUAGCCAGACAAAAUCCAAGGUUCCUGCUGCCCCCUGCCCAGUGGAUGUGGAUUGGAUAACAAUAAAUAGGAUCGCGGGACAAUAUAGUAGUAGCCUUUCAAAUACAGUUCCAAUCCGCAGCAAGGCCAAAGCAGCAUGUCCUACUAACGGUUAAGGGGAAAGAGAGACAGAAAGAGAGAGGGGAGAAGAGAAUUACGGCAAGGCACGAUGGCUUCUGGCGAUGGCGACACCAUCAACACCAUCGACAUGGACAGCUCCUCCACAUCGCAGGCGAAACCAGUGGAUCCGAGCAAUGCCUCCAACGACCAUGUGGGUAACUCAUCACCCGAGUUGGGCAGCCGACCCUUGCGCACAGCCAACAACAACAACAAGGCGGACAAGGAGCGAAAGCUUGGGCACAGACGCGUUGGCGAGGGCGGCGAGAUCACGUACAAAAAAAUACAGACAUCGCAGAUUAUGGGCUCCAUACAACUGGGCAUCCAGCACACCGUCGGCAGCCUGGCAUCGAAGCCCAAGCGGGAUCUGCUAAUGAUGGACUUCUGGGAGAUCGAGAGCAUCACCUUUCCGCCAGAGGGUUCCAGCCUUACACCUGCCCACCACUACAGUGAAUUCAGAUAUAAGAUCUACGCACCCAUUGCAUUCCGUUACUUUCGGGAUCUGUUUGGCAUCCAACCAGACGACUUUAUGAUGUCCAUGUGCACUUCUCCGCUGCGAGAACUGUCGAAUCCUGGCGCUUCCGGCUCUAUAUUCUACCUGACGACCGACGACGAGUUCAUCAUCAAGACGGUGCAACACAAGGAGGGCGAAUUCCUACAGAAACUACUGCCUGGUUACUAUAUGAAUCUGAAUCAAAAUCCGCGCACGCUCUUGCCAAAGUUCUUCGGACUGUACUGCCUGCAGACGAGCAAUGCCAAAAACAUUCGCCUGGUGGUCAUGAACAAUCUGCUGCCGUCGUCGGUGAGGAUGCAUCUGAAGUACGACCUGAAGGGGUCGACGUUCAAGCGCAAGGCGAACAAGGCGGAGCGGUCCAAGAAGUCGCCCACCUACAAGGACCUCGACUUCAUGGAGCAGCAUCCCAACGGGAUUUUCCUGGAGGCCGAGACCUAUUCGGCGCUGAUCAAGACCAUUCAGCGGGACUGCACGGUGCUGGAGUCCUUCAAGAUCAUGGACUACUCGCUGCUCCUGGGCGUGCACAACCUGGACGUGGCGCUAAGGGAGAAACUGAGCGAGAGCAGAAAGCCUCUGAGGGCGCCACUGGCCGAGGACUCGGACGGGGAUGUGGACGAUCCGCUGGACGGCCAGGAUGGGGAUGGCAAGGACCGCGACACGGCCACGGGCAUCAGUCGGAACAAUGCGGCAUACAGAUCGGUCAAUCGGCAGCGUCUGGUGGCUCAUUCCACGGCCAUGGAGAGCAUUCAGGCGGAGAGCGAACCCAUCGAUGACGAGGAAGAUGUUCCGCCUGGUGGCAUUCCGGCGCGCAGCGAAAAGGGCGAACGCCUUCUGCUCUACAUCGGAAUCAUCGACAUUCUGCAAUCCUACAGGCUGAAGAAGAAGCUGGAGCACACAUUCAAAAGCAUCAUACAUGAUGGGGAAACCGUAUCGGUCUGCCGUCCCUCGUUCUAUGCUCAAAGAUUCCAAAACUUCAUGGCCAAGACCGUGUUCCGCAAGAUACCCUCCCUGGAUCUCCCCGAAAUCAAAGGGAAUCACAGAAAAUUUCGUACCUUGGUAACCAGUUAUAUAGCAUGUCUCUCAAUGUCUCAGUCACCGCUUAAGCAUUCGCCCUCGAAGAGAAAAAGCCUCUCCAAGGCCAUACAGCGCUCCAUUGACAGCGACAUCGAGGCUUCCACCAGGCCUAUGCAUGCCUCGCACUCCCACAGCAGUGGCAAGAUCCACCAGCCAGCCAAGCCGCCCACCACAGAGCCGACGCCAGGCAGCGCUUCAGCGGCAUCCGGAGCAGCUAGUGCCGGGCCAUCAUCCACGGCCAGUGGGAGUGGGUUUGGUGAGCGCGAGCGCGAGCGGAUGCCACCGCCCGUAAAGCAGCGGACUUCAGCAGGGGCUGGCAGCAAUCUGAAGGCUCGGGUGCCACCGCCAGUGCCCCCGCGGGGAUCUCCUCGUCGACGGGAUGGACAGGACCGCUCGACGCCAGGCACAACUCCAUCCUGCAGUUCGACUCCUCCCCCUGCCUUCGACGACAUCUCCGAGGACAGCUCGAACAAGAACAGCACAUCAUCGAUGGGGCGCAGGUCUCACCACCACCACCAUCACCACCAUCAUCAGCAGUCCCAGCAGCAGGCGUACUACCAGCAGCAGGCGCAGUACUUGGAUCGCAAAAUGAACAUCGGACCCGCCUAUCGAGGCUCCUACAAGGAGGAUAUCGUGAGCGUCUCUGAGGUGCAUCUGGACACGCUGCUGGCGGUGGACACAUCGUCGAGCAGCCAGUAUGGGUCUCGGGGCGGACUGGCAUGGACGCCGCCGGCAUCAGGUGAGGGCUCCACACCCACAUGGACAGAGGGCACACCCAGUUUUACGGACUCCAGUUCGAGUGGUGAUCUCGACAACUUCUCGCCCAUAAACUCAUCUAAAAUCGAUCGUCACAAGCCGACCGUGGAAGAUGCCAUCAACUCUCUGUCCUCGGGAAUGAUCAACUAACAUAGCAUGUUGUGGAUAUGGCAGCACACAGACAGACAAAACACCGAGAACCCAACCAGCCAAGCCUGCGACUCGAAUACAUCAUCAUUUGUUAUACCACCACCAGCCCACACACAAAAUGAUAAUGCAGGUGCAGGUGCAUGUGCAGAGGUGCGCCACACAGGAGGCACUUGUAUAGCUAGGAUAUAAUCAAAAGGCGCCCACGUACAACACACAUCCAUAUGUUUGAGGAAUAUACAUACAAAUCUAUGCGAAUACAGACAAACAAACCAGCAGAAGGCAGAAAUCAAUACUGCAAAUGAUAUUACAUACAUAUAUAUAUACAUACAAUACAUAUAACAGGAAGAGAAUCAAAUAAUACUGAGAUGAAUGCAAGCAACCAGUACCAGUACCAGUUCCAGUUCCAAUUCCCAUAAUCUCGUAAUCGUUAUAUUACGUUCCCUAGCUAUGCUCGUAUAUAUAGUAUGGUUGAAAGAGUUCGUUUACUCGUACAAUACACUGAAAUUAAAUUAAUAAACGUUUUUGCGAUACCUACCCUCGAUCUCCGACCUACAUACAUGCAUACUAUAUCCACAUACGUAUUAUGUAUACAGUAAACCUACCUACAAAUGUAUAAUCAGCAAUCGCGAUAUUACCAAUUACAAUAUUGUUGUAAAAUAUUUCAAUUUACAUACAUACAUGCCCCAGAAGAGAAAACCAAGAGCAAAAUUAUAUACAUAUUAUAUAUUCAUUUGUAUUCAUUAACGAUUUAAAUUAAUUGUAACCGUGCUUAGGUUUACUAAAGACAACCACAGACGGGGCGGGGAUACAGACGAGACAGCACAGGACAUAGUCGGACAGGAUUGAACGGGGGGAGGGGAGCAAACAGCAACAGCAACAGACGGACUGGACACGCGCGACAUACUUAUACUCCAAGGGACAGCAAAGAUGAAAGAAUUGAUUAUUUAUUAAUUAGUUGAAUGUUAUUUAACUUAUAUGCAUUAUUCUAAAGAUUACUGAAACCCAAAUUGUAAUUAAACAAUAAAUUAAAUUGCAAGGUUGAA